AUGGACGAAGUCACCCCUCCUCGGCGAGCUCUGUCGACGGCUAGCAGCUCGUCUGCGACUCAAAACAUCGACUGCCCCGACGGAGGCUACGGCUGGGUGUGCGUCGGCUGCGUAUUUGCAAUCAAUGGCUUCACAUGGGGCGUGGUAGCGGCGUACGGAGUCUUCCUUUCCUACUACCUCUCACAAGACUACUACCCUGAGGCUAAGGCACAGGAUUAUGCUUUUGUUGGCGGAUUGAACUUUGGUGUUGCAAUGGUUGCGGCCCCGUUGGUAACGGUCUUGACCCGCCCCCGAUUUAUGGGAACCAAACCGCCAAUGUACGCUGGAGCAGUUUUCUUAUUGGCAGGAUUCGUCUGCGCCUCCUUUGGGACACGCAUCUGGCACCUUUAUCUCUCGCAAGGCGCUUUGGUUGGACUAGGAGUCGGUUUCGUCUAUGUCCCAAGCAUACCGAUCAUAUCGCAGUGGUUCGAUCAGAACAGGAGCCUCGCAAAUGGAGUCAGCACUGCUGGAUCUGGUAUAGGUGGACUCUUGUUCUCUCUUGCUACUGGGGCUAUGAUUGAGCGCCUCGGUCUUCCAUGGACACUCCGGAUUAUUGGUUGUGUUAGCUGCUGUGUAAAUGUACUAGCCACAUUUUGCAUUAUGGACCGGAAUACUACUAUACAACCAAAGCAGAGGCCAUUUGAUCCCAAGCUUCUGCGACAGCAGAGUGUCCUAUGGCUCCUAGGCUGGGCAUUUGUGAGUAUGCUUGGAUACAUCACAUUGCUUUACUCUUUGUCAGAUUUCUCGCUGUCAAUCAAUCUUGAUCGAGCCCAGGCAACAAACAUCACUGCCUUCCUUAACCUGGGAACAGCCUUUGGUAGACCUUUUAUCGGUGUUAUCAGCGAUCGUCUUGGACGACUUGAAGUGGCAUCCAGCCUUACUUUCCUCUGCGGCCUGGUCUGUUUUGCUCUCUGGAUUCCGGCAAAGACCUAUCCGAACAUAAUAGUGUUUGCUAUUAUUAGUGGGGCGAUACUUGGAGUCUUCUGGGUGACUAUCGGGCCGCUGUGCGUUGAAAUUGCGGGUCUCAAGCAACUCCCCUCGCUUCUGGCAUUGUCUUGGUUGUCCAUCGUCCUGCCUACCACGUUCUCAGAAGUAAUUGCAUUACACCUGAAGCGACCGGGCUACGAGCGCGAAUAUCUGUAUACUCAAUUAUUCUGUGGCGUCUGUUACGUACUUGCUGGCGGGUGCCUGCUGCAGGCCAGGCGGACGUUGAAGUCCAUUCGAUCAACCGUAACAGGACCUGAAUAA